AUGGGCAGUUGGGCUGCAUUGUUUGAAUUUAUUGCUUCAGGAAGCAUUUUUGCAGAUAAUGAAGAGGAUGGACGACCCCAGUCCAAAGGCAUAGGCAGAAGUGAUCAGAGAGAGACAGGAUGGGAAAGGGAUGGUGAGCCCAAGGAUGUCAAUCAUAUUUGUAAAGAGAACAAGUUCAAAAAUCCAAGUUCUCAAGAAGUUUGUUCUGGCAAUAAAAGAGAAAAUGAAGGAAGUAGAUCACCAGGUUACAGAAAAGAUGAUAAUCGAAUUUCACAUAUAGCAGCUGUAAUCUGUGAUAUUUUUGGGGAAUUUGACGAUGAAGAACAAGCAGAGUAUACAGUUCAGAAUCAGAGUGAAGAUAAGGAAAAGAAGGCUCUUGUGGAUGAGAGGAGAGAUUUUUGGAAAAAUUCGAGGCCUGAGGAUAUUGUACCUGAUGGGGCGCAAUAUAAGCCUGAAGAAGAAUAUACUGAGGUUGAACAGGAAAAAAAGGAUGGCUUGUCACCAGUGUUGGAGAUUCCUGUUCAUCAUCCACUGGCUGAUCCCUCUAAGGUUUGUCUCAUCUCUUAUUUUCUAGAGUUCUAA